CGAACUGUCAAAAGCCCGCGCGAGUUUUUGGGGAGAGGAGCCCGAAAAGCAUCUGCGAAAGUCGCGUGAAAUUCCACCAGAAGUGCGGAGCUAUGCGUUGUUCACGCUGAAGCCGAGAAAUCUAGCCGGAUCACCGCGAAAACCUAGCAGAAGCUAGUCGCCCGUUCCUCCCGGAAGGCGAUGAGCAGCAGUGAAAAGUCGGCACGGUCGGAAAAGUGCAAGCAAGCAGCGGCUGUCGCCGAAAGAUCCGAUACAGCAGCAGCAGCAGCAGCAGCGCCUGUCUACUUCGAUGAACUUUACGACCCACGUGUUUGAGGUUAGGUGCUGUCGUCGUCUCUUGUGUCGAGCUGCCGUGCACUGCUGGGGUUGUGCAAAGUGAGACCACCCUCCCAAGUAGCGGCGAACACCCGAUUCUAGUGUUACAUAAAGGAAAAUACAGCUGAAGGCGAAAAAAAGCACAUCUGCACGAGAGAACCCCACCACACUGCGCACAGAUCCACACGCAUACACACACAAAGAGGCGCGCUGACACAAAUUAGACACGGGACGAUGGCGGUGGCCAGCGGCAAGAAGACGGAAGGACGUGUGCUAACUGUUGCCUUGCGAACCAACUACGAUGUGCGGCGCAGUAAGGCCGGCGAGCUGUGGACCGAGGGUUUCGAGUACCUGCAGUACCUACACGAAACGAAACCGAUCGAUCCGAAGUGUCCACCGACCAAGACGGAGCUGAUCGCGGCCGGAAAACUGCCACCGGAUCAGGAAGAAGUCAUCGACCCGGAAGCACUGUUCGAGGAGCUGUUCGAGGUGGAUAUCGACUAUCUCAAGAGCUUGGACCCGAAGGAUUGGAAGAACCAGGAUCACUAUGCCGUGCUUGGACUGAAAAGGAUGAGGUUCGUGGCAACGGAUGAGGAUAUCAAGCGUGCCUACCGCAAGAUCGUGCUGAAACACCACCCGGACAAGCGGAAAGCGUUGGGCGAGGAGGUGAAGCAAGAUGACGAUUACUUCCAUUGCAUCACGAUGGCGUACGAGACGCUCGGUUCGCUGAAGAACCGCCGUGCGUUUGAUUCGAUCGAUCCCGAGUUUGAUGAUUCGCUACCGUCGCAAUCGGAGAUCGACAAGGACUUUUACGCUGCGCUGCGUGACGUGUUCCGCCGCAAUGCGCGCUGGAACGAAUCGAAACGAGCUGCCCCGCUGCUCGGAGACGACAAUACGCCACGAGAGCAGGUGGAAGACUUCUACGACUUUUGGUACAACUUUCAGAGCUGGCGCGAAUUUAGCUACCUGGAUGAGGAGGAUAAGGAUAAGGGGCAGGAUAGGGAGGAGCGUCGGUGGAUCGAGAAGCAAAACAAGGCGAUCCGGUUGAAGCGCAAGAAGGAAGAAUCGGCCCGCAUCCGGGCGCUGGUUGAUCUGGCGUAUAACAGCGAUCCGCGCGUGGUGCGAUUCAAGCGCGAAGAGAAGGAGCGCAAGCUGGCGGCUAAGCGAGCAAAGCAGAACGCCUACCAGGCGCAGAAGGCCGAGGAGGAGCGCGUUGCUAAGGAAGCGGCAGCAGCUAAGCAACGAGCCGAGGAGGCGGAACAGAAGCGCAUCGAGCAGAUACAGGUGGAACGUGAGCGCACCAAGCGACUGCUCAAAAAGGAGCGCAAGCUGCUGCGUGAUACGGCUAAAAACAAAGAGUAUUUCGCAACCGACGAUAAGGAGCGUCUGAAGCAUCUGGAAGGCGUCGAGAAGCUGAUCGAAUCAUUCAAGCUGCUGGAGUUGCAGGAUUUCAACAAAGAGCUCACGACCGGUGGCCGAGACGUGUUCGUGAAGGCACUGGAUGAACUCGAGACGAAGCUCGAUGCGGAGCGCAGGGCCGCGGUAGUACAGCAAUCGAACGCAAUACCGAACAACACGGGUCUGAAGGUGGUAAACCGGAAGGCACUGUGGUCACACGAGAACGUGCAACUGCUGAUCAAGGCGGUCAACCUGUUCCCGGCUGGUACGAUCUCCCGCUGGGACGUGAUAGCGAACUAUCUCAACCAGCACGGUACCGAACUGGGCGAGCUACGCUUCUACGCGAAGGACAUCCUCAAUAAGGCGAAGGAGCUGCAGAGUGGUGACUUCUCCAAGAGCGACCUGAAAACCGUGGUGAACCAGCAGGCGUACGAGUCGUUCGAACGCAGCAAGAAGGAUCUCAAGAUCAUCGAUAACUCCGAAAUCAGCACCAAGGAGGCGGAAGAGCAGGAAGAGCAGGCAAAACAGAAUGCCCGCGCUGCAAAGACAAAGGCGAAGGCAGCGGCGACGACGACUCGACAGAACGGCAGCGCCGAUAACAGUGGCAAGUCACCGAUGGUCAACGGGCGUCAUAAUGACGCCGCAACUACCGAUGCUGAUGGCAGUUUGGAAGGCAAAGAGAAUCGCAACAAGCAACCGAAGCAGCAAUCACAGCAACCGCAGCAGACGACAGUUGUCAAUGGCGAUAACAAGCAGGCAGUGGAAGAAACAGCGCCGGCAGUGACGGUUGGAGACGGUGGAAAGGCGGCACCGAAAUCGAGCAAGAAGGACAAGGAAGCGGCAAAUCGUGUGUGGAGCAAGGAAGAGCAGGCGCUGCUAGAGCAGGCCAUCAAGACGUAUCCCGUGUCGUGCGGGGCCGAUCGCUGGGACCGGAUAGCGGAGUGCAUACCGAACCGAACGAAGAAGGACUGUAUGCGGCGGGUGAAGGAGCUGGUCGAUCUGGUUAAUGCAAAGCGCGAAGCACAGCAGGGCGUCAAAUAGAGUGCCUUUCUUUCCCUUCACUCUCUCCCCCUCCCCCCAGCUCCCUUCCCUUCCUUUCCAUCUUCGUUUCUUGCGCGCUACUCCUUUGUGUCCUUUCAUUUUUUGUAAAUAAUUAGAUAACCUUGCACCCCCGAUGGCGCUCAUCGGAACUCACAUCUCCCACAAAACCUCCUCCUAUCUCUUGCUCCCGCGUCCACUAUCCUCAAUUUCCUCCCUUUUUAUCCAAUUCAUCAAUUGCAACUUCGAGGACAAGAUACCGCGAGCGCUGUAGCGGAUUCCAAAAACAAAAAAAAAAAAGAAAGGCAAGAAGGCGGAAUAGCGGUUCGAUCGAGCGCA